AUGCCUGCCAAAACGGAGAAAGACCCUGCGAUUAUAGAGUAUGCUAGGACACUAGCAAACACUCCAUGGUGCGAUGACUACGAGAAGAUGAUAUCGGGUGUCCUGUACGACGCCCUGGCGCCCGAGCUGGCGGACGGCCGUUUCCGUGCGCGGAAGUUCAUGCACAAGUACAACCACUAUUUCCCAGACGACGCCACUGCAGAGUCACUCACCGCAGACCGGGAGAAGAUGCUCAAGGAGCAAUUCGGCAAGGUCGGCACAGGUGUCUUCAUUGAGCCGCCUGUGAACAUCGAUUACGGCUGCAAUAUCACCCUUGGAGAUAAUUUCUACUCCAACUUCAAUCUCGUGAUUCUCGACUGCGGCAUAGUGCGCAUUGGAGACAGGGUCAUGUUCGGGCCAUUCGUGUCCAUUUUCGCUGCCACCCACGAGACGGGCGUCCAGUCGCGGCGCGAUGGAGUCGAGUACGCGGGCCAGGUGACCAUCGGUGACGACUGCUGGAUUGGAGGGAACGUAACAAUCAUGCCCGGUGUGACAAUAGGAAAGGGGUGCACCAUCGGGUCCGGCAGCAUCGUCACCAAGGACAUCCCGGAGUUCUCGGUUGCUAUUGGUAAUCCUGCUAGGGUGGUGAAGAAGGUGGAUCCGGUGUCAGAUCUCAAAUCGACCCAGAGUGAGCCUUCGAAGACGAUUCCGGAGCCAUGA